GCGACGGCCAUGGCGACGCCGCGCCCCUCGAGCCAGUCGACCGCGAUCUCCGACUAUCUCGACGACAUCCCUGCCAUCAUCGAGUACAUUUGGUGCGGCGAGAGCGUCGGCCUCAAGCUCGGCCGACAUACGCUCGUCAAGACUCCCCCCGCGAUCCAACACACGUGGACUAACGGCGACGACGUGAACAUUACGCUCGCGACCGAGUUUUACUCGAAGAAGGUUAUCGUACGCCGCGUAUCCAAGCGCGUAUUGUCGGGUGUUCGACCCAAGUUUGUCCUCCAUUCCAUCAACGGUGCUCCGGUGCGAAUGGACAAUUUCAACGAGAUGAUGGUGGUGCUCAAGACGGGCCAUGCAGCUGGCAUCCCCCAAGUGCUCGAGUUUCAGCCCAACCCGAUGCCUGUCAUGGUGAUAUACGUGCCUGAAGGCGGCGUACUCGACCACGCGGGCGUGACCACCGAGUAUGAGCUUAUGACGAUCAACCAUGUCAACGUGACCUACUUGACCCUGGAUCAAAUCGGCCGCAUGCUGCACGAGUGCACGAAGCCAUGCCACUUGACGUUUGGGUGGACCUUGCCCAUCGACUCCUCAUGCGACGUACCGCUGGCGAUGCUCACCGACGACGCCACAGUCAGCGUCUAGGCGAUCCAUGGCUGCGUUGAGUUUCUAUUUAAUUCUGUUCGAAUCCACUGUCGUUCUUC